AUGCGGCUCCUCUGUUCUCUCUCGUGUCUUUUUACUUUGUCUGCAGCCUUUCCAUUAUCUCCUCGCCUUGUCCAUGUGCCUGAGUUACGUUCAAGGGCUACAUAUUCUGUUGUCCCCGUUGAUGGAGGAGCAGAGGCAACUCCUGGGACUGGCGGGGAUGGUACACCUCAAGUGGUCACAACGAUCAUACAAACACAAACAAGCCCUCCAAAGACAGUUGUCCAAACCGACAAAGCUACUCUGCCUCCUGUCGUUUUGACAGAAACUGUCUCGGGCCCUGACCAUACCCAAACAAUUACGCCUUCUCCAACUACCGUCACAAUAACAGGAUACUCAGUCAUCAAUGUCAGUUCCCCUCCAAUUACUAUCGAAGUUCCAGCACCUGCGCCUUCAAGUACCGAGUCAACAUCUUCUUCAUUGACCUCGACUACCUCGAGUGAGCCGAGCUCUGCAAUAUCAACCUCUACAAGCUCUCUUGUCCAAACUACUUCUGCCAAGAGCUCUUCUGUGCAGUCAAUAACUCCCACCUCUCUUCCGCCUCCGCCUUCGUCUUCGGCAAAAGAAAGCACUACGAGCUCAUCAAGUUCCUCAACCCCAUUGGCAACUCCAUCUGUAUCUAAAUCCUCAACGGAAUCUACGCCAACCACAUCAUCUACACCUCAAACUAUUAGCAGCAGCAGCACCUCAUCACCAGUCACUACGAAGGCUACACCCGAUAACGGCCAAUGGCACACAAUCUAUUCUGGAUGGUCAAAUUCUACCCGAAUUGCCAUUCCAGAUAGCGCUCAGACAAUUUCGAUUGCAACUCAAUCGCCAACAAGCUCCGAGCCCGUUUCAACCCCUGUUGUCGGCUCUGAGGAUCUGGAAGGAGGGGUCAAAUUGAACAAGCGAAUCGAAUACAUAUCGAAAGGUCAACUAUUAGCUCACCAAGCAGAACAGUAA